GGCCCGGGGCGGUGCGUGGCGCGCCGUGAGUGCGUGACCGGGUCGGGUCGGGGGGAUCCGGCAGCCGCAGGGCCGCAAACCCGCCCUCGCCCCGUCACUCGGGCCUCUCGCUGCCUGUGUCUGUUGUUCAGUCCCCGGUGCUGCCCGCAGCAGGGGUUCAGUCCCCGGUGCUGCCCCCCCAGCGCUGAGCGGAGCCGAAGAGCAGCCUGUCCCCUCUUCUCCCUGCCCAGGUUUCUGCAUCGUGCGCCUGGCAGGAGCGGUUGGGCCGCCUGCCCCCGCCAUGGUGCCCGAGAAGGACGUGGAGGCCAUUGGCAGGACGCUGGUGGACGCCGCGCAGCCCCUGGCGGCUCGUUUCCGAGCCCUCUUCACCCUGCGCAACUUAGGGGGUCGCGCAGCCGUCGACUGGAUCAGCCAGGGCUUCGGGGACGAGUCUGCUCUCCUGAAGCAUGAGCUGGCCUACUGCCUGGGACAGAUGCAGGACGAGCGCGCCAUCCCCGUCCUGAUCCAGGUGCUGAAGGACACCCUCCAGGAGCCCAUGGUCAGGCACGAAGCAGGUGAAGCGUUGGGAGCUAUUGGAAAUCCUGAUGUGCUGGAUGUUCUGAAACUUUAUUCUGAAGACCCAGUUGUCGAGGUAGCAGAGACAUGCCAGCUUGCAGUUAAGAGGCUUGAAUGGCUGCAAAAGAACAAGGAAGCGCCAGGCACCAAUCCCUACCUGUCUGUGGACCCUGCUCCCCCUGCUGAGGAGGAGGACGUUGCCAAGCUGCGAAACACCCUCCUGGAUGAGUCAUGCCCACUGUUCGACCGCUAUCGGGCCAUGUUUGCCCUGAGGAACAUGGGGGGCGAGGCUGCUGUGCUGGCGCUGGCGGAGGGCCUGAAGUGCAGCAGCGCCCUCUUCCGACAUGAGAUCGGCUACGUCCUAGGGCAAAUGCAGCAUGAAGCCUGUGUCCCCCAGCUGACCGCAGCACUGGAAAGAGUAGAGGAGAACCCCAUGGUGCGUCACGAGUGUGCUGAGGCACUGGGCUCCAUCGCCCAAGCAUCCUGCCUGGAGACCCUGCAGGCUUACGCCCAGGACAAGGAGCGGGUGGUGCGGGAGAGCUGUGAGGUGGCUCUGGACAUGUACAACUAUGAGAACAGCACAGAGUUCCAGUAUGCGGAUGGGCUAAGCAAGCUUCAGGCCUCCAGCUAAGCAGGGGCUUCUGCCUCUGUGGGUCUGCAUGCCUGCAGAAGGCAGUGGCUGGAAUGGGUAAACCCAGGGCCUGGUUUCACCUUCCCUGCACGGCCAUUUACACCACAGAAAACUGAGUGUGAUGCCAGAUCCAGCUGGUCACUCUGCCCUAUGUAAAUAAUGGCAGCACAUGGUGCAGAGCAGUGGAGUUCCAGGCUUCAGCCACUAUUGCUAACUUAUUAUAGCUUGCUUGUUUUAGUCUAAGGGAUGGGCCAGGCUCCAGAUCCAAACCCUGGGGUGCCAGGGUUCUGGACAGAGCUUCAGCCCACUAGCACCUGGUAGUAGCAUACUACUCUGUAGUAGCUCAGUAUACGGACAAGGCAGGAGCUCCAGGCAGGGCAUGGAUUGAUCCUGUGCUUGUUUCAAGGGGGUGCUGCUCUUUGAAGGUGCUGGUUUCUUGUGUGUCACGGGAGUUGUUCCAGGGGUCUGUUCUUUGCCACAAGGUUGUCUGGAACUCUACGCCAUCAAGGAUUCAUCCUUAUAGAGCUCCAUUUUCUUUGUCUGUUCUUUGGCCUCCAGCUUUGCUGCUAUUAUGUACUUGGUGUGUCAGGUAAAGCUCAGCUGCAAGGCUGCCCCCUACUCCACCCCCCCCUCCAUGGGCCUUUCUGGAGGUAAUGUAUUUCUCUCCGUGCCUUGGUGCCAUGGGCCUGGCAGGAGGCUAGCUCUCGUUCAUAACAGUUGCUGCAGCGGCUUAGUGGAGAAUGCUUUGUGGCUACUCCAGUGACACUCCUGCCCUAAUAAACUUGGUGCCACUGAGCAGGCCUGUGUCUCUGGAUCCCUCCUAUGCCAUGAACCUGAUCUUCCUGAGUUGUCCUGGUGCCUUGCAGACUCAGUUCUGUCCUCUUGGGAACUCAUGUUGCCCUUCAGUGAUCCUGUUUCCUGGAACUGUGGCCUGAGUUUUUCGUUCUGUAAGGAGCUGUGCACAGGCAGCAAUGAGGGUCGCUGCAGUUCCCAAGCUCCUGUAAACAGCAGCUGGGGAUUAUAUCCCCCAGGCAAGGCCAGUCCCUUCCACAGGUGCCUGGCUACAGUAUCUCUGAGUUUAAAUUAAUGUUAGAGGGAAUUGCUGCAGUCUCUGGGCCUGGGCUGGAUGCUACCACUGUCUCAUGUUAACUGUACCCCUGUGAAGCCCUCUGGGCUCAUGCUAGAAUUGGUGACUAGGAGCAGGAGUCGUCAUCUCUGCCUGCUGUCUGCAAAACCCUGCCAUUUGCAGGGGGUUCAUAGAUUCAUAGAUCCACAGAUGUUAGGGUCGGAAGGGACCUCAAUAGAUCAUCGAGUCCGACCCCCUGCAUAAGCAGGAAAGAGUGCUGGGUCUAGAUGACCCCAGCUAGAUACUCAUCUAACCUCCUCUUGAAGACCCCCAGGGUAGGGGAGAGCACCACCUCCCUUGGGAGCCCGUUCCAGACCUUGGCCACUCGAACUGUGAAGAAGUUCUUCCUAAUGUCCAAUCUAAAUCUGCUCUCUGCUAGCUUGUGGCCAUUGUUUCUUGUAACCCCCGGGGGCGCCUUGGUGAAUAAAUCCUCACCAAUUCCCUUCUGUGCCCCCGUGAUGAACUUAUAGGCAGCCACAAGGUUGCCUCUCAACCUUCUCUUGCGGAGGCUGAAAAGAUCCAGUUUCUCUAGUCUCUCCUCGUAGGGCUUGGCCUGCAGGCCCUUAACCAUACGAGUGGCCCUUCUCUGGACUCUCUCCAGGUUAUCCACAUCCUUGAAGUGUGGCGCCCAGAAUUGCACUCAGUAUUCCAACUGUGGUCUGACCAGCGCCCGAUGGAGGGGAAGUAUCACCUUGGACCUAUUCGUCAUGCAUCUGCUGAUGCACGAUAAAGUGCCAUUGGCUUUUCUGGUGGCUUCGUCACACUGCCGGCUCAUGUUCAUCUUGGAGUCCACUAGGACUCCAAGAUCCCUUUCCACCUCUGUGCCACCCAGCAGGUCAUUCCCUAGGCUGUAGGUGUGCUGGACAUUUUUCCUCCCUAGGUGCAGCACUUUGCAUUUCUCCUUGUUGAACUGCAUCCUGUUGUUUUCUGCCCAUUUGUCCAACCUGUCCAGGUCUGCUUGUAGUUGUUCCCUGCCCUCUGGCUUGUCCACAUCUCCCCAUAGCUUUGUGUCAUCUGCAGACUUGGACAGAGUACAUUUCACUCCCUCGUCCAAGUCGCUGACGAAGACAUUAAAGAGUAUCGGUCCAAGGACCGAGCCCUGCGGGACCCCACUGCCCACACCCUUCCAGGUCGAGACCGACCCAUCCACCAUGACUCUCUGGGUGCGACUCUCUAGCCAAUUUUCCACCCACCGGACUGUGUAGUCAUCCACGUCACAGCCUCUUAACUUGUUCACCAGUAUGGGGUGGGAUACCGUAUCGAAGGCCUUCCUGAAGUCUAAGUAUACGACAUCCACCCCUCCUCCUGUUUCCAGGCGUUUUGUAACCUGGUCAUAGAAAGAGACUAGAUUGGUCAGGCACGAUCUGCCUGCCACGAACCCGUGCUGAUUUCCCCUCAGCAUAAUUUGUCCUGCCGGGCUCUCACAAAUGUGAGCCUUGAUAAUUUUUUCAAAGACUUUGCCAAGGAUGGAGGUGAGACUGACUGGCCUAUAGUUGCCCGGGUCCUCCUUCCUCCCCUUUUUGAAAAUGGGGACCAUGUUAGCCCUUUUCCAGUCCUCCAGGACUUGGCCCAUGCCCCACGAGCGUUCGAAUAUUCCCGCCAGUGGCUCUGCAAUGACGUUGGCCAGUGCCUUCAGCACCCUCGGAUGGAGCUCAUCCGGGCCUGCCGACUUAAAGGCAUCCAGUUCUUCCAAGUGACUCUGCACCACCUCAGGAUCUACGUAUGGCAGUCUGGCGCCUUGCUGCUGCCUCUCUACAACCCCAGUGAGAGACUUGUCGUGCCCCUCGCUUAGGAACACUGAGGCAAAGAACUCGUUGAGAAGUUCAGCCUUGUCCCACCUGUCUGUCACCAAUUGUUUCUGCCCAUUUAGCAGGGGUCCUAUUCCUCCCUGGGCCUUCCUUUUACUCCCUAUAUAUCUAAAAAACAAUUUUUUGUUGUCUUUUACUUGGGUUGCCAUCCUCAGCUCCAUGGUAGCUUUGGCCCGUCUAACUGCCUCCCUACAAGCACGAGCAGAGGAGGUAUAUUCAUCUUUAGUGAUCUCACCUUGUUUCCACUUUUUAUGUGCUCCCCUUUUGGCCCUUAGGCUGCCCUGGAUUUCUCUGGUCAGCCAUGGAAGCCUCCUGGCCCCUUUCCCUCUUUUGCCUCGCUCGGGGAUCGUCUUGCUUUGUGCCCGAAGGAUCGUUUCCUUCAGGCACAGCCACCCUUCUUGGGCUCCCAUCCCUUCAAAACUCCUACUCUGCAGUGCGUCCUCGACUAAUCGCCUGAGUUCAUUGAGAUCAGCUUUCCUAAAGUCUGGCACUUUCACCCUACUAGUUACCUUACCCACUCGACGUCUUAUAUUGAAUUCUAUUAUUAGGUGAUCACUGUCCCCCAAAUGGCUACUGAUCUGGAGGUCCCCUACCAUGUCAUCCCCUGUUGCCAAUACCAGAUCCAGUAUGGCAUUCCCCCUAGUGGGACCAUGUACUUCCUGUGUCAGGUGGAGGUCCUGUACACAGGUUAGAAACCUGCGUGAGCGGUGGGACUUUGCUGUCUGCGUCUCCCAGCAGAUGUCCGGAUAGUUUAGGUCCCCCAUGACUACCGCCUCUUUAGCUUUUAUGGUCUCCGAGAGUUGCCUCAGGAGCCCCACAUCCACAGGGUUGGCAGUGCCCUUCACAGCUGUCAUCUUGGGUUGGGUGUGCCAAAGAGGGAGAUGCCAGACAGCUGUCUUGAGGUGUUUUGUUGGCUAAGGCUCUUAGAGCAGCUGUCUGGAGCAGAUAGUAUUCUGAGGGGCCCUUGUGAACAAACCAAAAGUUUGUUUUUGAUGAGGUGUGGGAAGAUGUUGCAGGGGAAUAAAUGGCAUUACAACACUUGA